CGGAUCAUAAAUUGUAACAAAAACUUGAAACGAAAAGCCGUUGAAAGUCAUCAGUUUUUUUCCAGUGAAAAACUGAGCGAUUUCAAUAUAGCAGAAAACCAGACCAGUUCAACAAGAAUAGUACUUUUUUUACGAUAAAACUCCUAGGAGUGGAAAAUGUAUUCCUCACCAGCAGUGCGAUUAUACACUUCUGAAAAUACAGACAGUCUCAUCCAGCGAAAGCCUGGAGCUAAUCAAAUAUCUCGAAAACCGUUUGUAGACAGAUCUGUCAACAGCAAAACUCCAGAAAUCAGCAAGUUUGUUAAAUCCAAACUACAGUUUGCUAAAGACGCAGCAGGACUGGAAAAAGCUUCCCACAAUGAUUUUGCCUGCAAAGAGAUACCAAACAUUUCCAUUUCUCCACAGAAUGACGAUCUCAGUGCUGAAGAUUACAUCUUCUCAGGAAAAGUUGUGGAAGAUGUCUCCGAAGAUUUAUGGCCGGAUCUCCAUCUUGGCAGAGAGGGUAUCAUCAAUAUUCUCCGAAACUACUGCCAACUUGGCGACACUCCUCCACCCUCACCAACUUCUGAUUGCUUCGAUAUUGACCCUAUCAAUAUUGAUCCACUGUUUUUCUCACUGCCUGAUGACAAUAUGCAUGCUUCCCCUGUUGUAUGGGAGGAGUGCUGUGAAAAUGUUGACGUACCAAAAAUAGAGUCCGAUGACGAUUUAGAUUCAUCCCUAGGUUAGAGUUGUUCAAGUUUACUUGUAACUGUGCCGAGGGAAUAGUUGAAUAUAAUCUUAACAACUUACGUACUUCAAAAUGGGUUGAUUCUGAAGAUAUUACACUGUCUGUUAAGAUUAUGUUAAAUAUUCCUGACAGAUUAUUAGCCUGUCAGAUGUGUUUUGUAUGUAUAUAUUUUCAUUUUCUACUGUUCUGUUGUAUGUGAUUUUAUGAAUAAAACUUGAGCUUGCUUA